GAUGAAGAUCUCCGGCAGCUUUCUUUUCCUCUCCCUUUUGUUCUCUUCAUUUUCAUCGUUUGCCUUGGCUCAUAACGAACUGAAGGAUGCUAAGGAAAGUCUUCCCAAGGUGUAUGAGGUUUAUCUCAAAGAUCUUGGUGGCAUGAAAUUUGCAAAUAUCAGGCUCAGGAAUGCUUAUCUUGCUCUUCAUUAUUGGAAAUCAGGUUUUGUGUCUGACCCGCAUAAUGUUACUGGCAAUUGGGUUGGUGAGAAUGUGUGUGCCUACUCUGGUGUUGUCUGCUCAAAGGCAGUUGAUGAUUCCUCCUUGACCGUUGUUUCUGCUGUUGAUAUCAGCCAUGCUUAUAUUCAAGGAUAUCUUUUUGAUAUUCUCGGGCUCUUGACUGAUAUUAAAAGUUUCAAGAUUAACAACAACCAGUUUCAAGGAGAAUUCCCCAAGAACUUGUCCGGGUUUCAGGAGUUGCAGAAACUCGAUAUCAGCUACAACCGCUUUGUUGGUUCAUUUCCUGACGUUCUUCUGGAGUUGCAAUCUCUCAAGUACCUUAACUUGAGGUACAAUGAGUUUGGAGGGCAAUUGCCCCGAAAACUCUUUGAGAAGAAGUUUGAUGGUGUGUUCUUUGACCACAACAAGUUUACAACUAACACUGAUGAAUGUGAGUUGAUCUGUGGAAACCAGCCCAACAGUCCUACUCCAGAUGCACCACAAACACCUACUACCCCCUCAACACCUUCUCCACCGGCACCAAAACCACAAUCACCGACACCAGAAAGUCCUGAAUUCACCCCGCCGCCAACAACUAAACAGUCACCGCCAUCACCGGUUGGUACACCUUCCGUCCCAUCAACACAUACUUCAACUCCACCAACCCCAUCACCCCAAGCAUCACCUCCUCCGACACCAUCUACGAGUUAUAAUCCACCUCCCACAUCAAAGCCACCAACAUCAACUCCGCCAACCCCUUCAUACCAAGCAUCACCUCCUCCGACACCAUCAAAAUCCACUCCACCAACUCCUCCAUCUAAAACAACACCUCCUCCAACACCAUUAACACCAUUAACAUUCACUCCACCAAAUCCUACAUCCGAAACAACACCUCCUCCGACACCAUCAACAUCAAUAUCCAUUCCACCAACUCCUACAUCUCAAUCCACUCCACCAACUCCUACAUCCAAAACAACACCUCCUCCGACACCAUCAACACCCACUCCACCAACUCCUACAUCCAAAACAACACCUCCUCCGACACAAUCAACAUCCACUCCACCAACCCCUACAUCCAAAACAACACCUCCUCCGACACCAAUAACAUCCACUCCACCAACCCCUACAUCCGAAAAAACACCUCCUCCGACACCAUCAACAUCCACUCCACCAACCCCUACAUCCAAAACAACACCUCCUCCUACACCAUCAACAUCCACUCCACCAACCCCUACAUCCAAAACAACACCUCCUCUGACACCAUCAACAUCAACUCCACCAACCCCUACAUCCCAAACAACACCUCCUCCGACCCCAUCAGCAUCCAUUCCACCAACUCAUACAUCCGAAACAACACCUCCUCCGACACCAUCAACAUCCACUCCACCAACCCCUACAUCCAAAACAACACCUCCUCCGACACCAUCAACAUCCACUCCACCAACUCCCACAUCCAAAACAUCACCUCCUCCGACACCAUCAACAUCUACUCCACCGACUCCUACAUCCGAAACAACACCUCCUCCGACACCAUCAACAUCCACUCCACCAACUCCCACAUCCAAAACAUCACCUGCUCCGACACCAUCAACGAGUUAUACUCCACCUCCCACAUCCAAGCCACCAUCAUCAACUCCACCAACUCCUUCAUCCGAAGCCUCAACUCCUCCGCCUUCCACUUCAACUCCAUCAAGCCCUUCAUCCAAAGUAUCACCUCCACCAAAAGAAGUAUCAACUUAUAUUCCACCUCCAACUUCCAAGCCACCAACUUCAACUCCGCUAAGUCCUUCAUCCCAAACAUCACCUCCUCCAACACCUUCAACGGGUUAUACCCCACCUCCCACAUCAAAGCCACCAACAUCAACUCCACCAACCCCUUCAUCCCAAGCAUCACCUCCUCCAACACCAUCAACAGGUUAUACCCCACCUUCCAUAUCAAAGCCACCAACAUCAACUCCACCAACCCCUUCAUCCCAAACAUCACUUCCUCCGACACCAUCAAGGAGUUACACUUCACCUCCCACAUCAAAGCCACCAACAACAACUCCACUAACCCCUUCAUCCCAAAUAUCACCUCCUCCAACACCAUCAAAGACUUAUACUCUUCCUCCCACUUCUAAUCCACCAAGUCACACACCAGUUUCGAGUCCUCCUAAACCUAACAAAGCAUCUCCUGGCCCAGCUCCGACUCGAACACCAAUUUCAGCUCCUCCUAAACCUGGCAAAGCGUCUCCAGGUCCAGCUCCAACUCAAACACAAGUUUCGGCUCCUCCUAAACCUGGCAAAUCAUCUCCAGGCCCAGCUCCGAUUCAAACACCAGUUUCAUCUCCUCCUCAACCUAGCAAAGCAUCUCCAGGCCCGUCUCCGACUCAAACACCAGUUUCUGCUCCACCUAAACCUCUCAAAGCAUCUCCAGGCCCAGCUCCUGCACGAACACCAAUUCAAUCACCUCAGAAACCUCCUAAGGCAUCUCCAUUCCCAACUCCAACUUUAACACCAGCUUCUACUCCUCCUAAACGAUCUCCGGUCCCGGCUCCAGCUCCAAAACUAAGUUUCCCACCUCAAAAACCUCCUAAGCCAUCUCCAGUAUCAGCUCCGACUCACACACCAAUUUCAACUCCCCCUAAAAGAUCUCCAGUCCCGUCUCCAACUCGAACACCAAUUUCUCCACCGCAGAAACCUCCUAAGUCGUCUCCAGUCCUAGCUCCGACUCAAACACCAGUUUCACAUCCUCCAAAACAAUCUCCAGUCCCAACUCCGGUUCAAACACCAAUUUCUCCACCUCAGAAACCUCCUGAGCCAUCUCCAGUUCCAGCUCCAGUUCAAACACCAGUUUCUCCUCCGCAAAAACCUUCUAAGCCAUCUCCGACCCCAGCUCCAGUUUUAACACCAGCUUCUGCUCCACCUAAACCAACUAAGCAAUCUCCAUCCCCAACUUCAGUUUUGACACCAAUUUCACCUCCUCCUAAACCCACUAAGCCAUCUCCAGUCCCAUCUCCAACUUCGACACCAAUUUCAACUCCAAAACCAUCUCCUGUAGCACCAACGGUUCAAUCGCCUCCACCAGCACCAACACCCGCACGAUCAUUAACUCCUCCUAAGCCAUCUCCUGUCCCACCACCGGCUCAAUCACAUCUACCACCACCACUACCACCUUCUACGCUAGUUUCAACUCCAAAACCAUCUCCUGUCGCACCAACGGUUCAAUCGCCUCCACCAGCACCAACACCCGCACGAUCAUUAACUCCUCCUACUCAAGCUGUACCUUCACCACCGCCAAAGCACGAUGACUUCAUUCUCCCACCAAACAUGGGCUUUCAGUACUCUUCCCCACCUCCACCAAUGUUCCAAGGCUAUUAAAUAGUAUACCAUUAGGUUUUUUUUUUUUUAUUUUUAAAUUUAUUGUUUAAUAUAUGUAUUGAUACCAUUGAUUUUGACUUUACAUGAACAAAGUCACUCUUUUACAUGAGUGUCUAAACAAUGGACAUUACUUUUUACUUUAAUCUACAUUUGUCACCUACGUGGGAUUCAGUUGA